AUGGAGGAUGAAUCAUUAGAUAGUUAUGUUCAAGCACAUAAUUCAACAUUACCAAAAGAUGAAAAUAGUAAUAGUAAUAGUAGUAACGAAAUAAAUAAUAAUCAUUCAACAACAUAUACAUCAUCAUAUACUUCUUCUUCUUCUACGAGUACAACAUCAACAUAUAUGGGUAUAAAAUCAAGACAAGAAAAGAUGAUUGAAACAUUAGAAACAAAGGUAGAAUUAAGUGAUGACGAGGACGAUGAUGAAAAACAACAACAAACAAAAGAGAGUACAUUGACCAAACACUUUAGUAGCGAUGAAGAGGUAUUAAAGUUUAACAUACAAGACUUGACCAACUUUAUCAAGAAAUUAGAACAAUCAAACAAGGAUUUGGAGGAAGCAUAUCUUGAAGACCCCGAUCCCAUCUAUUCACAAUCAAUCUCUGAAAAUGUAACAAUCAUUCAACGUAAAUUAAAACAACUUGAAGAAUUGGAACAAUUAUUAUUAGAAAAGGAAGAAUCAUCAACAUCCUCUAUAGUCAAUUUAAAAGAAUAUUUUUGUAAAGUGGUAAUUUUAGCAUUUAUUGCUGUUGCAUCUGCAUCAUCUUGCGCAUCACGUGGAUGUCCAACCAAUCAAGCUUGUUAUGGUGCCGCUGGAGCUGCUCCAUCUUGUUACACCUAUGGUAACUGUGGUAUCGUACCAUGUGGUCAAGGUAAAUCAUGUUUGGUAGUCAAUGGUCAAGCCACAUGUGUCACCCCAACAGUUUGCCCAACCUGUGCCUCUGGAACUGCCUGUUACUUCUUCCCAGGUACUUAUGGACCAGCCUGUUUCAGUACCAAUGUCAAUUGUGGCAUUGUCCCAUGUGCCGCUGGUCAAACCUGUGUUGCCAAUCCAUUUGGCGGUGCAUCUUGUGUUGUUGCUCUUUAA